GUGAAAGAGGCAGAGGCCAAGUUCAAGGCAGGGGCCGUGGUUGGGGCCAAGGACUAGGUGGCACGUUUGUUGGCAGGGGAGUUAGGAUGCUCCGUCAAGGGCCUCUCAGAAUUAACCAAUCUUCUCCAUUUAAGAUUGCUAAGGCAAGCACAAAACUAUUGCUGUUUUUUGCACAUAUUCAAGGCGGUACAUAAUAUAAGAAAUUCAAAACAUUGAGGGAUGAUAUCUAAGCUCUUUUAUGCCCGGGCUGGUGUAGGAGAUGUUGAGUUUUCAUGCAUAUCAAUUGUUUUGGAUAUUAAAUGGGGGAUCUGAAAGGGGAGUUCUUUCUAAACGUGGAAUUUCUCAUUUCCUUCAUUCUAAUGCUGUUGUUGGUUGGAGUAACUGAGGGGCGAGCACGCUCAUUUCUCAGAGGCGAAGCUGUCAACCAUUGCCUGAAGGAUGUUUGAUUGGUGGAAUGCUCUUCCUCCAUUUUCUAUCUUCAUUCAGCAGAACAAAGGGUCUACUAUGGAGACAUGAUCUAUUUGAGGAUAGUAUUGUUGCUGCUGGUCUUGCAGGAUCCGAAGGUGGAACAAAAUUAUACAUAUCCAACUUGGAUUAUGGUGUGUCCAAUGAAGAUAUAAAGGAAUUAUUUUCCAAGGUUGGUGAUCUAAAGCGUUCUGCAACUCAUUUUGACAGAAAUGGCCGCCCAAGUGGAUCCGCAGAGGUGGUCUAUGCAAGGAGAAGUGAUGCAAUAGCCGCUGUAAAACGGUAUAACAAUGUUCAGCUUGAUGGUAAACCUAUGAAGAUUGAAAUUAUAGGCAACAACUUGGGCCUUCCGAUUGCACCUAGAGUUAAUGUAGUUGGAGGUGCAAAUGGCCGAGGGAAAAGGACAGUUGUUAUGACCCCAGAAUUUGGUCAAGGCACUGGGUCCUUCAAGCAACUGUUAGGGUGGAAUCGUGCGAGAGGUCGGGGCCGAGGCCAUAGCCUGGGACAGACCAUAGACGCUGGCAUUGCUCGUGGGCGCAACUUACGUGGCCGCGGCCGUGGACUUGGACGCGGUGGCACCCGCGGUCGUGGGCGAGGGCGUGGUGGCAAGCAACUAGUUAGGAAAACUGCGGAAGAUUUGGACAAGGAGCUGGAAACUUAUCAUGCAGGAGCUAUGGAUACAUCGUGAAUGUGCUAGCUGGCUAACCUCUCGGGAUCUGUCCAUGAUCAUCUGCUAAUUUUUCAUGGUUGUAAAAGCAAAAAAGAAGCUGCAGUAGAAUAUGGAUUAAGCCUUGACGUUCGUAUGCCUGGUGUAUAUUUCUGUUUUUCUUUAUAUGUUUCGGAUACCUUAUACCCUUAAUAGUGAAAAAGAAAAACGAACGCCUACGACCUUCUAGUUACUGUAGUUUUGUUUAAGGGUGUGGUAUAAUAUAUCAUCUAUGACUGUUAGCUGA